AUAUGUGUUCCUCCGCAGCGCAGCAGGAACGAUCCUUCGUCUGACAACAUGGCGAGUGUCCGCGCGGCGUCCCGUCUCCUCUCCAAGAGGGUUUUAUCUACUGCGAAAGCAGUCCCUGCUGCUGCAGUUCAAGGUUCCAGGAACUUCCACUUUUCCAUUUAUGGCAAGAAGAAAAAUGCCAAAGUAUCAGAUGACAUCUCCACUCAAUACCCAGUUGUGGAUCAUGAGUUUGAUGCUGUGGUGGUUGGAGCUGGUGGAGCGGGACUGAGGGCAGCUUUUGGCCUGUCUGAGGCUGGCUUCAACACUGCCUGUGUCACCAAACUGUUCCCAACCAGGUCUCAUACUGUCGCUGCACAGGGUGGGAUUAAUGCGGCUCUGGGGAACAUGGAGGAGGAUGACUGGAGGUGGCAUUUCUAUGACACAGUGAAGGGAUCUGAUUGGCUUGGAGACCAGGACGCUAUCCACUACAUGACAGAGCAGGCUCCUGCAGCCGUAGUAGAGCUGGAGAACUUUGGCAUGCCAUUCAGCCGCACUGAGGAGGGCAAGAUCUACCAGAGGGCCUUUGGAGGUCAGAGCCUUAAGUAUGGAAAGGGAGGUCAGGCGCACCGCUGCUGCUGUGUAGCAGACAGAACAGGCCACUCACUGCUGCAUACGCUGUAUGGAAGGUCACUUCGUUAUGACACCAGUUACUUUGUGGAGUAUUUUGCCCUGGACCUGCUGAUGGAGAAUGGAGAGUGUAAAGGGGUGAUCGCGCUCUGUAUGGAGGACGGGUCUAUCCACCGCUUCAGAGCCCAGAACACUGUUAUUGCUACUGGGGGUUAUGGAAGAACCUAUUUCAGCUGCACAUCUGCUCACACAAGCACAGGAGAUGGAAAUGCGAUGGUGACCAGAGCGGGUCUGCCCUGCCAGGAUAUGGAGUUUGUCCAGUUUCAUCCCACUGGAAUCUAUGGAGCCGGCUGUCUGAUCACAGAGGGCUGCCGUGGUGAGGGAGGAAUCCUGAUUAACAGUGAAGGAGAGCGCUUCAUGGAGCGCUACGCACCCAACGCCAAAGACCUGGCUUCCAGAGACGUGGUGUCCCGUUCCAUGACCAUAGAGAUCAGAGAGGGCAGAGGUGUUGGUCCAGAGAAGGACCACGUGUACCUGCAGCUUCACCACCUGCCUCCUCAGCAGCUGGCCGCAAGGCUGCCUGGUAUCUCAGAGACAGCCAUGAUCUUCGCUGGAGUCGACGUCACCAAAGAACCCAUCCCUGUCCUGCCCACCGUCCACUACAACAUGGGUGGAAUACCCACAAACUACAAGGGACAGGUUAUUACUCACGUCAACGACGAGGACAAGGUGGUUCCCGGACUGUAUGCCUGUGGCGAGGCAGCUUCUGCCAGUGUCCAUGGAGCUAACAGGCUGGGUGCCAACUCCCUGCUGGACCUGGUGGUGUUUGGCAGAGCUUGCGCCCUCACCAUUGCUGAGCAGCACAAACCUGGAGAGAAGCUGUCCCCUCUGAAGCCCAGCGCAGGAGAGGAGUCUGUGGCCAACCUGGACAGGCUGAGGUUUGCCAACGGAAGUCAGAGGACCUCUGAGAUCAGGCUCAACAUGCAGAAGACCAUGCAGACCCAUGCUGCGGUAUUCCGUACUGGCUCUGUCCUGAAGGAAGGAUGCGAUAAGAUGGAUGCUAUUUAUCAGACCCUGGAGGACAUCAAGACCUUUGACAGAGGCAUUGUGUGGAACACCGACUUGGUGGAAUCACUAGAGCUGCAGAAUCUGCUGCUGAACGCCGUCCAGACCAUCAACUCUGCCGAGCAGAGAAAGGAGAGCAGGGGAGCCCACGCCAGAGAGGACUACAAGGAACGUGUGGAUGAGUACGACUACUCUAAGCCCCUGCAGGGUCAGGAGAAGAAGCCGUAUGACCAGCACUGGAGGAAGCACACUCUGUCCUUCGUUGAUCAAAAGACUGGAAAGGUCACAUUGGAGUACCGCCCUGUGAUCGACAGCUCUCUUGAUGAGCAGGACUGCGCCCACGUUCCACCUGCCAUCCGCUCCUACUAAGAUGAUUCCCUCCUGCCCUCCCCUUUAUUCCCACCCUUUGCCCAUCACAUCCACCUUACUCAAUUACAGAAGGCUCCUUAAUCUAUUAUUAAGGAAGCUAAACUUUCUGUGCUAGAGAUAACAUUCUGAGACAAAUUCAGACUUUUAUUGCACAUUUGUAUGCAUUUAGAUCUGUUCAGUACAAUGCUGUCUAUACCAUUUUGUGUCACUUCCUGUUUCUCUCUUUCUCUUUUUUUGGCGUGUUUUGCCUUGAUUUCAAUCUGUUUGCAGAAACUAAAUUUCCACAUGGUUCUCAUGGCUUCUCGCGCUGUGUGAGCAGGUUGUGUGUGCGUGAUAUCUUGUAACCUCUUUCUCCUUUUAGCUGAGUUGGAGAGAUGAUGGAAGUGAUUGUAAUUUCAACCACACACUUUGCAGGCAAGUUUGAAGUAUGUAAAUAUUGCAAAUGUACAAUAAAUAUGGUGAGUUGUACUGUAUGUACUAGUUAAAGUGCAAGUCUCACAUCUCGCUCACUGUGGCCUUCAUUCUUGUGGAAUACUCAUUACACUUUGUGCAUGUGUUCAACACUUGCCGCUUGUUCUGUAGAUAAUCAGCUAACAGGCUGUAUUUGGCUCUAGCGUUCUACAAUUUCGCGCUAUUAAUAUUAAUUAUAUUAAAUUAAUGUCUUCAGCCACAUUACAGCCUCUCAGCUAUUGGGAUAAAUGAACUGCUUUGUUGCUUUUUUUAAGACUGAGGAUAAAUUUCAGUAAGGUGGUGUAGCUUUCUUCAACUCCUUAAAUGACUUAAAUAUCAAAGGUGAAAGAUGCGCUCAGUGUUAAAAUGUUGAUGCCUCGUGUGCUGAAUCAACAGUGACUUAAGUUAUUUGCUACAAAAAGUUAAUCCUCUGCUUUUUGCUGUUUGUACUUUCGUUUUCAUAUGUUCAAUAAAGUCUAGGCUGUGGAUAGAAA